AUGCCCUCGUCCGAGCGAUGGCGCCCAUUUCUCUCGCCACAUUUAAAGGAGUACAUGGACCGCUACUGGGCCGUGAUGUUUACUGUUGGAUCACGCCCCAUUGAAACUGGCCACCUGCGUCACUAUGUGUCGUGGUACUGCACGCGGAUGAAGGUGGUACAGCUGGACCAUCACAUUUAUGCAGAAUCCCUACACCGGCAGCUUCUGGAGGUGGCUCAAACCCCCGAAUUGCCAUUAUUGUUUGUGAAUAAAAAACUAGUUGGAACACUCCGCGAUGUGCAGGAGUUGGAGAGUGCGAAGAAGUUGAAGGAUGUGUUGCACUUUGGGUUUGAGUGGCGAGUGGGCGGCGGUGGUGUUGGGGAGAGGCCGUUGCAGGGCUUUUUACCGUCGCCGUACGGAGACACGGAGAUGUUCCGUGGACGUUAUCGUGGAGCCCCCGUGGCGAGACCGGUGGUGGCGCUGCCAAAACUGCAUCCGUUGGACCGUCGCUCGGAGGAAUGA